AUGCACCAUCUUGAAGGUCCCUGGGCGGCGGCAGACAGCUCCAGGCGUCCGCCGUACAAUUCAGAACCAUCGGACCUCUCGAGAGAUGAUCGGCGACCGCUCAUCCAUGUGCAGUCCGCCGACUCAACGGAGACCCGCACCGAGCCCGUAACUUCUGAGCAAACCCAACGACCCAAGAGCUCCGUGACCGCCGAGCCCGGCGCCGCCCAUGUCACCGGCGUUCCACACGUAGCUUACAACAAGCUGGCCAACAAGGACCGAGACUCGGCCGAAUUGCCUCGUCACGGUGGGUGGGACUACACACCAGGAAGAGCAGACACAAAGUCCCAUCUAUCCCACAAAGAAUCCGGCCUCGCCCCUUCCGUACCCAAGCAGUCAUGGAGCACAUCGCUCAAGGGCUGGCUACCAGAGCUUAUAUGGUCAAUCAUAAGUAUCGCCUCCGUCGCCGCCCUCGCUGGAGUUCUGUCCCGUUUCGAUGGCCAACGACUGCCCGAGUGGCCGUUAGGCCUGACGCUCAAUACGCUCAUCGCCUUCCUCGCGACGCUGGCGCGAGCUGCGUUUGUGAUUCCGGUCUCUGAGAGCCUGUCGCAGUUGAAGUGGCUUUGGUAUCGCAAGGAGAGGCCCCUAAAGGAUUUCCAGGACUUUGACUCGGCUAGUAGAGGGCCUUGGGGUAGUAUUCAGCUGUUGAAAACGACUAAGGGUUGGUCCCCAAGUCUCAUCGCGACGAUCGUCAUGAUCACGGCAAUCUUCACAUCGACAUUGACGCAAUCUGCCGUCACAUACCCUGUCCGCCUCGCGCGCGUAGACGGCGAUGCAACAGUACCCCGAUCGACAUCGUACUUCUUUAGUACAUCCAAUACCUUUUCCAGUUUGCAACAAGAAAACUACGUCCAACAAUCCAUCUUCGAAGGCAUAAGCUACGGCCACACCCAAGAGUUUCCCCUCAGCCCGGCCCGCUGUCCCACGAGCGAGUGCCAGUGGGAGACGUACAGCUCGUUGAGCAUUUGCGCCAAAUUCUGGAACGUGACGGAUUCGUUGAACGUCACGAUUAGAGAGACGCCUACUGGGUCACCGCGGGUGAAAGCUGCGCUUCCCAACGGGAUAUCUGCGGACUUGAGCGGCAAUUACUUUGGUCUCGUCAAUCUGCGGGGUACGAGUAAGCCGAUUGCGUCGGAUGUGAACCCUGAGGCGGCACUCUUUAACUUUACAGUUAUCUACUCACUGCGAGAAGGGAACGACGCCGCAGUCGGAGCUACGGAAGCUGUGCUCUACCUCUGCGCAAAGACAUAUAACCUGUCCUUCACAGGCAACAUGGAAUCGCGUAAGGUCGUUAAAAUCACCUCAGAAGUCGAACAGGGCUCCAUCACGUUCCCCUCCGGCCAGGUACGAGAUGACCUACCCGCGAUACGAGACCCCCUCAACCCCGACGGGAAGAACUUCCCCUACGGCGGAACCGGUUUCGGCGCAAUGCGAGAUAGUCUUAUAAAUGCGCUCAACGGUUCGUAUUCGGACCUCAGUAACGUGCCGAGUGCCCUCGGUCUUGCGCCGGCUCGGUACCUGGCUGCACUGCAGUACGGCGCCAAAACGUUAGAGGCGCAGGGGCGGGCGAAUGUGUCGCGGGAGGUUGUGAUUAAUGAGGCUGUUGCGAAUAUUACGAAUAAUGUUGCGAGGAGUUUGUCGAAUCGGAAUCGAGUGGAUGAGAUGGCUGACCAAAUAACACACAGCAUCACGAAUGACACCACAAUAGCAAAAGGGCAGGCCCUCGCGUCGGAAACGUUUGUACAAGUUCGCUGGCCUUGGCUUGCGUUCAUAUCAUGUCAGGCCGUGCUCUCCAUCAUGCUCCUGGCUCUCGCUAUCAUUCAGACGAAGGCGGCGGAGAUCGGGGUGGUGAAGAGCUCUACGCUGCAGGCUAUGGUAGCCAUCAACUCCAAAGACAAGCAGGCUCUAGAGAUUGGGCUUGCGCAGGGGCACCAUCAGGAAGAGGUGAAUGAUGUUGUUAGGAGAGGGCCUGGGAUAGCUUGGAGCUUGGGUAUGAGUGAUCGGGGAUGGAGUCUUCGCAUAUAG